GGAUGAUUAACACGACUCAAGGGUCCUUUGGUGACCUCCCUUCCGUGCACAGAUCCACCACGCACGGUGUUUCCAGCUCGCCUCCAGCCACUUAGUUCCUUCCUUCCUUCCUUUAUUUGCGCAAAGAAUUUGUCGCUUCUCCGGUCUUCCCCUUUUGCUUCCAACCACUUGAUUUUCUUUGAGUCCCGAAUUCAAUGCCUAAAACCACCAACCCCAAAGCCAAGCCUUCUCUGGCCAAACCAAAAUUACAGACCAAGGCAAAGAAGUCCAGACAGUCUUCCUCAUCAUCUGCGGAUAUGUCGCUGCUCCCCUUAUCACCUAAAUGCGACGCGUCACUCGAUUUGACUAAAGACCUUGUCCUUCAGAUAGUUUUGGCCAAGUUGCAAAGCUCGAAGACCUGUGAUUGGUAUGCUCUCAGUCAAAAGCUGAACAAGGAUGAAAAACGAGGAUGGGAAAAAAAGAAGGGGGAGAUUACUGGGACGGAGCUACAUGAUCUCUACCACAAUCGCAUCCUACCGGCUUUGAAAUCAGGGAUUGCUCUUUGGAGUGAUGGUAACAAUGAGCGACGACAUGUAUCUGCUUCCUCUUCCGGGUCAGAUGUACGUCCCACCGAAGGAACUAUUGCCCCUUUCUCAAGAAGUGGAAAGGGGAACACAGAGUCGAGGCCCAAGAGAACGUCUGCCAAAAAUGGAAAAAGCAGGAUGGUUGAUUCGGAGUUAGACGAGUUUUGAAGGAUCCGUAUGGGAGGACGAUUGACCAUGGGGGUCGAAGUUUUGGUUGAAGAGACAUUUUUGUGAGUAGUUAAACAGGUAAGGGACGCUUGACUUUACCGAGCUGUAUGCAAAGCCCGAAUUUUAUGUGCACUUUAUAUAUAUGUCGUAUGUAUGGA